AUGACUAUCAGCCGAGACCCCGUCAUCUUAUCAAACCCGGCAUUGCUUGAAAGGGUUGAUAAACUCCGUGACUUGAAUAUUGGUCAACAUGUGCCUCUGCCUCAGCUUGUUGUAGUCGGAGAUCAAAGCUCCGGCAAAUCUUCCUUACUGGAGAGCUUGAGUGGAAUUCCAUUUCCUAGAGACCAGAGCCUUUGCACUCGCCACGCAACGCAAAUCACGUCUCGACGCGAUAGCAAUGAUAGCGUUCUUAUAAACAUCAUUCCUGGGCCAAACGCAACGGAGGAGCAUAAGGAGCAACUCAAAGGAUUUCGCAAUAAGCUACCCUCAGGUUCUGAAUUUCGAAAGCAGUUCACGGACAUAUUGAAGAAGGCCAAUGAAAAAAUGGGUUUACGAACGGAUCUAUCAACAGGAAAAGGCGAGGUGUUCAGUAAAGACGUCCUCAAGAUUGAGAUAAGCGGGCCUCGCGAGGACUACCUCACCAUCAUUGAUGUCCCUGGAAUCUUCCGCACUACUACUCAGGGUACCACGAGAGACGAUAUGACUUUGGUGAAGGAUAUGGUCAAGGGCUAUAUCAAAGACGAUCGCACAAUUAUCUUAGCAGUGUUGCCAAGUAAUGUCGACAUUGCUACACAAGAGAUCUUGGAGCUUGCGAAGGAUGUUGAUAAGAACGGUGAGCGUACUCUUGGUGUGCUCACCAAGCCUGACUUGGUACUUGAACCCAGUGCUCAGGCUGCUGUCUGUGACCUUGUUCUGAACAAGAAACGCUCACUUACUCUCGGCUAUUUCCUUGUACGAAACCGCGGAGCAGAUGGCGGCUUUGAAGAGCAGUCGGAACUUGAUCGAGUUUUCCAAACGCAGCCAUGGGCCGAUCUUCCAAAAGAUCGAGUAGGUAUCUCAGCCCUCAAAGAGCAGCUUCAAUCACUGUUGGUAGAUAUUACGCGACGUGAGUUUCCCAAAUUACUCCAGGAUGUCAAUAAUCAAAUCAAAGAUUGCAAGAGAGAAUUGGACAGCCUUGGAUUACCUCGUCAAGAUGAGCGAGAGCAGCGCAGUUUCCUCAGCCACAUUGCUGGGGCUUUCCAGGAACGUGCUAGGGAAGCAUUAGCAGCCCAUUACAAUGCAGAUCCGGUUUUUGAACAGGACGAGCUUCGCCUUAUUACCCAAGUGAUGAACAUUACGGAUGUAUUCAAUGCCGACUUUCGAGAGAGCGCCCAUUCACGACAUUUUGAGGAUCUUGGGGUUCCGAAGACGCCUGUGGUAGCUGAACCGAAAGCUGAACCGAAAGCUGAACAGAACGCAGAUCCGAAAGCUGAACCGGUGGCUAAGAGACCUGAGAGACCUGCCCAUCGCGAUUGGGAAGAAACUCCUGCCGGGGUGACGGUAGAUAACUUGCGAGCGCUGCUCGACAAGGCAAAGGUGGACGAGAUUGCACCACAAGAAUUAUCUGAACUCGGCGAUAUCAUUAUCCCUAUCCAAGAGAUUCCCAAACCACGGGACAAUUUUACUGCAUGGAUCAAUGACGUCCACUUACAGUUUAGGGGUAUGGAUCUUGGCACUUUUAACCCAUAUUUGGUCUCUAUUUCCUUUGCAGAACAGUCACACAAAUGGGGAGAUAUAACCAAGAUUUACAUGAGCAGGGUCAUCAUCACCCUUCAUCGUUUCAUCGCUGCCGCUCUCCGAUCCGUCUGUACAGAAGAACAAGCUCGCAACCACCUAUGGUACGCUAUCCUCGACACACUGGUGGAGCGCUAUAAGACAGCAAUGGCUAAGGCGAAUCUAUUAAUAGAAGUCGAGCAGCGUAAGCAGCCUUAUACGCUUAACCGACAGUUUGCUGCAGCUCGAAUGGAAGCUCGUGGCCAUAGAAUCACAGAGCUGCUGCGUCCUACAGCUAGGAGGGACACUAAGCAAUUCGGAGGCGUUCAGUACAUGGUUAGCUUGGACGAUAUUGCCAAGGCUGCUGCAGGGAAGCCGAAUGUGGAGCAGCUUCAAGAAGAUAUCCAUGACAUUCUUAAAGCUUACUACGGUCUAGCGGCCGAUCGCUUUAUCGACAACGUCUUUCAAUUGGCCGUUGACUACUACUUGUUGACUGGUCCAUCUAGUCCAUUGAAAGUCUUUACCCAGGAUUGGGUCAUCAACUUGGAGCCUGGGGAGCUCGAGCGGAUCGCUAGCGAGACGAAACAAGCCAAGAAGAAUCGUUCGCGGCUAGGGAAGAAGAUUGAAGACUUGUCUAAUGCUUUGAAGAUUCUCAAGUCGCAAGAUGAACAAUAA